AUGUUGGAGAUGUUAACCUUAUUGCGAUUAUCUUGCGAAGGGGAAUAUGAACAUGAGUAUACGUCGGUUUAUACUUUUCAUUCAGCAAGCGCAAACUUGACGAUCGAGCUCACAGAUGAUUAUGCGGUACGACAUGACACGUUGAAUGAUUUGAACAAAGCCAUCAUGUAUUGGCUUUUGAUAGUAAUUGCUCAAGCGCCUCUUGAGAUGCAGAGCAUCUUUCAAAGAUAUUUAGAUGCAGUUUCUUCUAAUGAUGCAUUAAGAUCGAUUGGACAGGUGGAAAUGGGAAAAUCGGUAGCACUGGAGUUAGCCAAAACGCUUCCACCUACCUCAACCGUUUCACAUUUCCCAUCAUGGGGUAAUUGUAAAGCGGAUUUAGCCAACGAUCUUGCUAGAUCUUUCUCAAGUCGAAUGCUUUACAAUGGUGAAGCUACACAUCUGUCUUCUUUGCCUGAGGUAGAGUUUAAGUCUAGUCUUGCUGAAAUCAAGAAGAAUUUACAUGAAAUCAAUGAUCAAAUCAAUUCUGGAUUGAAAAAAAUGACGAUUGAAGAUUUGAGUAGUGUUCUUUAUAAAGCUGGAUCUCAUGUUCUAGCCGAUUCGAGACCUGAUUUAGAUUUACUUUUCCAUAUCGUUUCAAUCCCGAUCAAAGUUUUCAAUGUUAAACCUGAGGUAGAAAUCAAACUGAUGACUGAAGUGAUCAAUAUGUGGGCUUGGACCUUACGUAGACGCAAGGGACUCUUCUCUAGUGCUUGUGAUUUGAUUAAUCCACUCAAUCAAUCGAUCCAAUUCACCCCAACUGAUCGAGAAGAGAUGAAACCUCGACAUAAUACUGUUAAAAGGAUGUUAAAACCACAUCACAUCCUUUUAGAUUUUGUUUUAAGUCGAUUUCAAGCUGCAAGAUAUCAAAAUCGAACCUUGGUUUUAAUUACAAGCAGACUUUUGAAAAAUACGCUUUCGAAUGUGAAGCAUUGGUCAACUCAUCCACUUUCAAGAGAAUUGCGGAUUAGAUUGAUAAUCUUUGGAUUUAGUCUUUGUCAAGGUAGUAGAAUGGAAGAUAAUGUUGAAUGCAAUUUAAGAGAAGUUUGUUAUCUUGCUGGAUUGGAUUGGUUUAAAUUAACACCUAGUUUUAAUUUCGGUUCCAAUCGAUUACAACAUGAAUCUGAAUUAAGAUUGUUACAGGAUUUAUUGGCUAUGGUGAUUGUUGAUAAACCUGUGAAUGCUCAUCAUCUUAGUAGUCUUGAUCCUGGUACUAAAUUAAAUCGAUUACCAGGUCAAACUAGUGCUACGGUGGCUUCUUUAUGUCAUUCCGAUCGAAAUCAUUUAUUUCAACUUUUAUUAGAGAAUGAAAUUAUUCGAUUAAUGGCUUGGCAAAACCCAUUAAGUGAUGUGAAAAGAGGCAAAAAUGUAGAAUCUAUAAUUUCUAAAGCAACAGGAGAGGGACAAAGCUGCUAA